GCCAUGACCUUCACCUUGGUUGGUUUUUGUACCUUGAGCCACGCCAUGUAUACCGUGCAACUGAAACCUGAACAUUUGUGGCCCCAGAGCGUCUUCCACACCUUUGAUACCCUGAUCACGCAGGGAUUACCAAAAGAACCUCCAAGAGAUAUGUUGCAGUUGUCCUUGCUGUAUGCAGGGGUGUUGUUCUUCUCCAUCUUCGUGAUGAACAUUUUCAUUGGCGUGAUCAGUGAGCAGUAUACCAAGGAAAAAGAGCAGGUGGCCGAGAUGUUUCAAAGUUUGCGCGCAUCCUCAUGUUAUACCUUCCUCUUGCGCAUGUGCGUGAUUCCUUGCAAUCUGUUGACGAAGAAAGCUGCUGCUGUGGUGGCUGCUUGCUCUGUGGCAUUGACCUUUGGGCUUCAAGUGGCCUCGCUGUUGUUCAGCAGGCAAUUACCUGGUUUUUUCCAGCUCUUUGCCUUCAUCUUGUGUCAAAUGGUCAUUUUCAUGGCAUCAGUUCAGUGCCAAGGUAAAGAUUAUGCCUGGGAGAAGUUUUCCUUCUGCUCUCGCUCAGAGCUCGCCUUCAGUAGGUCCUACAGCAACUUGGUCAACGGGCCGCACUUUACCAGAAUCUUCUCCCAGGCCGGCUCGGAACAAAGCAUCAAUGAUGCGCUCCUACCAGUGCUGCGCCAGGCGAUCAGAGAGGAGCUGGGCGGAUCUUCUCGUUUAGCCACCUAUGGCAGCAGCCAGCCGCCUCGAGAUUUGAGCUCCGGCAGCGUCCCCGAGGUGACACGGCCGCCGCAGUCAACCUUCCCCAACUUACUGCGAAAAGAGUCGCGCGGGGCGCCAGCAGGGACCUUCAAUUUAUUCAAGCGUAAAGGGCUUCCGAACACUCCCUUGGAACGGCAGGCACGGAGAAAUCGCCGGGCCAAACACGACAAACACGAUGCUCAGGCCCAGACUGUGCAACCUGAAAGCCUCGGGGGUCAGCGUUUCCGCUCCAUGUUGCCGGUCCUAGCCUGGGCUCCCCCAACCGGUACCUUGCGCGUGGAGAGUGCCACUUCGUGUUGCCAAGUGGCUAUUGGCCGUGUAGAUGCCUUGGCGGACGGCAUCCGCUUGGGAGAGACGAAGGAAAGUGAGGGCUUGGCGGAAGUGGAGAUCCUGGUGCCUUCCCGUGAGCUCCAGGCGGAUGAGAGUUGCAAUGGAUUGAACUUCUCAAGCAGUUGA